UUGCAGGCGGACGCCAGUACCGCUUUUCUGCGGGCUGCGCGCGCCGGCCAGAUAGACAAGAUCAUCAACCUCCUUGAACAAGGAGUAGACAUUAACGUUAGCAAUGCUAACGGUCUGAAUGCAAUUCACCUCGCUUCUAAAGACGGCCACGUGGAAGUAGUGCGUGAGUUGCUACAGCGAGGUGCAGCAAUUGAUGCUGCAACAAAGAAGGGAAAUACUGCACUUCACAUAGCUUCCCUAGCAGGACAGGAAGCGGUUGUGAAGCUCUUAGUGCAGAAUGGAGCUCAGGUCAACAUCCAAUCUCAGAAUGGCUUCACACCUUUGUACAUGGCUGCUCAAGAAAACCAUGACGGCGUUGUCAAAUUUUUGCUUGCUAAUGGCGCCAACCAGAGUCUCGCUACAGAGGACGGAUUUACUCCGCUUGCGGUUGCUAUGCAGCAGGGCCAUGAGAAGGUGGUCGCUGUACUUCUAGAGGCAGACACACGUGGCAGAGUCCGCCUGCCUGCGCUGCAUAUAGCUGCAAAGAAGGACGAUGUCAAGGCUGCCAAUUUAUUACUCGAGAACGAGCAUAACCCAGACGUGACUUCGAAGUCCGGCUUCACGCCGCUGCAUAUAGCGGCUCACUAUGGUAACGAGGCGGUGGCGAGGCUGUUGCUGGCGAAGGGUGCCGAUGUCAACUGCGCCGCCAAGCACAAUAUUUGUCCGCUGCAUGUCGCCGCCAAGUGGGGGAAAGAAAACAUGGUGUCACUGCUAUGUGACAAUGGCGCAAACGUUGAAGCUCGCACUAGGGAUGGCCUGACACCGUUGCACUGCGCCGCACGGUCAGGACACGAACGAGUAGUUGAGACUCUACUUGACAGAGGCGCGCCCAUCACUAGCAAGAGCAAGAACGGGCUCGCUCCCCUGCACAUGGCGGCGCAGGGCGACCAUGCCGAAGCGGCGCGAGUGCUGCUGUCGCGACGGGCGCCCGUCGAUGACGUCACCGUCGACUACCUCACCGCGCUUCACGUUGCCGCUCACUGCGGCCACGCGAAAGUUGCAAAGUUGCUGCUAGACAGAAAUGCCGAUGCAAACGCACGAGCUUUGAACGGAUUCACUCCCUUGCACAUUGCUUGCAAGAAAAAUCGAAUUAAAGUUGUAGAGCUGCUUCUCAAAUAUGGCGCAAGUAUUCAAGCGACCACAGAGUCUGGUCUCACCCCGCUUCAUGUGGCUGCGUUCAUGGGCUGUAUGAACAUAGUCAUAUACCUGCUGCAGCAUGAGGCUAACCCCGACGUGCCCACUGUCAGGGGUGAGACUCCCUUGCACCUAGCGGCCAGGGCUAACCAGACUGAUAUCAUCCGCAUCUUGCUACGGAAUGGCGCCGCGGUGGAGGCGAAGGCCCGCGAGCGUCAGACCCCGUUGCACAUCGCGUCCCGGCUCGGCAACGUGGAUAUCGCGGUUCUACUGCUGCAGCACGGCGCCGACGUCAGGGCCAUGACCGCGGACCACUACAAUGCGCUGCAUAUCGCCGCAAAGCAGCACAAUCAUGAUGUUGCUGCAGCCCUGAUAGAACACAACGCCCCUCUAACAGCGACUACUAAAAAAGGCUUCACUGCUUUACAUUUGGCGGCAAAAUACGGGAAUUUAAAGGUGGCGAACUUGCUCCUGGCGCAUGGAGCGUCGCCGGACCAGGCGGGCAAGAACGGCAUGACGCCGCUGCACGUCGCCGCGCAGUACGACCAGCAGCCCGUCGCCACCACGCUGCUCGAAAAGGGCGCAGAUGCUAAGGCAGUUGCCAAGAACGGGCACACACCGCUCCAUAUAGCGGCUCGCAAGAACCAGAUGGAAACUGCUGCUACGUUACUUGAGUACGGGGCGCUCACCAACGCAGAGUCCAAAGCUGGAUUCACACCUCUUCACCUCGCGGCUCAGCAGGGUCACGCUGAAAUGUGCUCCUUGUUACUGGAGCACGGCGCAGAAGUAGACCACCAAGCUAAGAACGGCUUAGCGGCGAUACAUCUCGCGGCCCAAGAAGAUAGAGUAGCGGUCGCUCAGCUGCUAGUCAAAAAUGGUGGCCAGGUGGAUAUCUGCACCAAGGGCGGCUACACACCCCUGCACAUCGCCAGUCACUACGGACAAGCGAACAUGGUCCGUUACCUGCUUGAAAACGGAGCAUCUGUAAAGGCACAGACAAAUCAUGGGUACACUGCUCUCCACCAUGCUGCUCAGCAAGGCCAUAUUAACAUCGUCAAUAUACUUCUCGAACAUAAGGCCGAUCCAAACGCCACAACAGUCAGUGGCCAAACUCCGCUGGAUAUAGCUUCGAAACUGGGCUACGUGACAGUGAUGGAAACUCUAAAGGAAGUCUCCGAUCCCUCUAUAACGGCAGCUUCACAAGAGAAAUACAAGGUCGUCGCACCCGAGACUAUGCUGGAAACAUUCAUGUCCGACUCUGAAGAAGAGGGAGGUGAAGACACGAUUCUCAACGACCAGCCAUACCGCUACCUGACUGCAGAUGACAUGAAAUCACUAGGAGACGACUCCUUACCGAUCGACGUGACGAAAGAUGAACGCACCGAGUCUGCCAUGAGCCACAAGAAUAUCAUGGAGAUGUCUCAUGGAUCUGUGAACGGGAUCCCCUACCAGCCGCAACAAGAAGUGGUGGUGAAGAGUAUCAGUCGGUACAGCACCGCGCAAGCUCCAAAGGGUUAUUGUUAUAACGUAGAUCCUACACAACCCAAAAAGAAGCUACAGUGGAAGAAUUUCCUGGUGUCGUUCUUAGUGGACGCCCGGGGCGGAGCCAUGCGUGGCUGCCGCGGGGGAGGCGUCCGUGUCAUAGUGCCACCACUCUCUGCGCAGCAACCUACAAGGAUCACAUGCAGAUAUCUUAAGCCAUCUCGUAUCAACCACAUGCCGCCGUUGAUGGAAGGGGAGGCGCUCGCAGCUAGAGUUUUGGAGAUGGGUCCGGUCGCUGCCAAGUUCCUGGGGCCAGUGAUACUGGAAGUACCACAUUACGCUUCACUCCGCGGCAAGGAACGUGAGAUAGUGAUCCUGCGUUCAGAUAAUGGUACCAGCUGGCGCGAGCACAACGCUGACGCAACAGAGGACGUGGUACAGGACAUACUGCAUGAGACGCUGGAGAUCGAAGAAACAAACGAAGAAGAUAAAGGGUGGGAUGCACCUCGAGUAACUCGAAUUCUGACGCACGACUUCCCGCAAUAUUUCGCAGUUAUAUCACGCAUCCGCCAAGAAGUACAUGCGAUUGGACCAGAAGGUGGUAUGGUUUCUAGCUCCGUAGUGCCACAAGUCCAAGCAGUCUUCCCACAGGGAGCCUUGACCAAGAAGAUAAAAGUUGGGCUCCAGGCGCAAAUCAUAGAUUCGGAACUGACCGCGAAGCUCCUUGGGCGUGGAGUGGCAGUGUCCCCUGUGGUAACAGUAGAGCCCAGGAGGCGAAAGUUCCACAAGGCAAUUACUUUAAGUAUGCCAGCCCCCCGUCCUCACACGCAGGGAAUGACCAACCAGUACAGCACCUCAUCAGCGCCAACUCUUCGUUUGCUGUGCUCUAUAUCAGGUGGAACGAACCGGGCGCACUGGGAAGAUGUGACAGAGAACACGCCAUUGACUUUCGUCAACGACUGCGUAUCUUUCACUACAACAGUCUCAGCACGAUAUUGGUUGAUAGACUGUCGACAUAUAGAAGAUGCUACCAAAAUGGCUACUGAAUUAUAUAGGGAAGCAAUCCACGUGCCAUUUAUGGCCCGCUUCGUUGUGUACGCAAAACGAACGGACGAAAGCCAAGCACAGCUGCGUAUGUUCUGCGUGACCGACGACAAAGAGGACAAAGCGCUGGAGCGAAUUGAACGCUUCAUACAGGUUGCUAAAAGUCGGGACGUAGAGGUUCACGAGGGAAAGCCGGUGUACCUCGAGUUUGGAGGCAAUUUGGUACCGGUUGCCAAAUCAGGAGAGCAACUAUCGAUCCCCUUCCGAGCCUUCCGCGAGAACCGAGUCGCCUUUCCCGUGAUGAUAAAGACUCAAGAUUUGGAACCGAUUAGCCGUUGCCAAUUCAUGAGAGACCCGAAGGUUCCUAAAGGAGAACCUUCACCAGCGCCGAUUGCAGUCUUAAAUAUCAUGGUACCAGAUGACAUACCAGCUGAAAGAACAUCCCCAAUACAAGCUGAUGCUGUACCUCGCCGUACUGAGGAACAGGAACUAAUGUGGAGACAGAGACUUAGUGACCCAAGGUUGGAAGACAUCUGCAAUCUUCUGGGCAAGGACUGGGUGGCCCUAGCUUAUGAGCUUGGCGUGAGCGUCGCUACUGUUAACCAAAUUCAAGCCAAGCGCAUAACGACGGCUGAGCAAGCUCAGCUUAUGCUAAAACUGUGGAAGACGCAGUCAGGGACCAAGGCUCUAGAUAACUCAUUAGAAUUAGCUUUAUGUCGUAUCGGCAGGGACGAUAUCAUAGCUUCACAGUCCGAAGUGACUAACGAAAGGCGUAUUCUACGUAAUAUCUAUCAAGAAAGACAAGCCUCCGAAGAAAUUGAAGCAUACAAAGCUGAAGAAGACAAUAAAUUAAAGGAAAAAAUAUUCGAUGAUAAUCAAAUAUUUGAACGUAUGCGAAACGAAUCUGAAGUAGAUCAGGACGAAGCCAAAUACUCGCCCGAAGAAAAAUCAAUUGUGGACAAAAGCGAAGUUGAAAGGACACCCACCCCUAGCGAGGACAGUGAAGAAGAUGAAGGCGUAAAACGAAGUGUGGCAGAGAGAAAAGAACAAAUAACUAAGAAAUUAAGUUCAAGUAAAAUACCAGCAUCUAAACAAAAGAAAGAAAUUCGCGAAGAAAUAAUUGAAAUCAAAACUCAAAUAAAACCUGAUAUAAAAAAGUUUCACGACAUUGAACAACAGGUUAAAGAAAAAGAACCAAAAUUAGAAAGAACAUGUUCUAAAACGUCUUCAGAGUCAGUAAAAGAGCAAAAAGAAGUUGAAGAGCCUAAAGAAGAGGCAGAAACAAAAGUAGAAGAAAUAAAAGUUGAAAGACCUGUAGAACAAUUUAGGAAAUUUGAUCCAUCAUCCCCAGGUAAACCAACACCUAAACAUUUACAAAGACAUAUAAGAAAUGAGUCCAUGAGAUUUCCAUCUGGUGAUUUCUCUAAUAUUACCAUUACACCAAGAAAAUCUCUUCCUGCCGAGAUUGCGGAAACGAAACAGUCAUCAGAGAGUAGAGUUGAUUCAUUGACAAAGGAAAUAAUAUCUCAGAAAGAAAUGAAUAGUGCAAGGGUUGAAGAGAAAUUAGACGAUGGUGACAAAUCACCAGAAUUAGUAAUAGACUCUGAAAAAGACAUUGCUGAAGCAACUUUAAAAGAUAAAAUAUGCUCAUUUGAGUCCAAAAUUUUGAAAGAACCUUUAAUUGAUACUACAAAAACAGUAAAAUUGACUAAGGAAGCUCUAAAAAAACAUACUUUGGAACAAGAUCAAAGCGUAGAAUAUACACAAGAAUUUGUAAGAGAGCAAUCAAAGCAGAUAUCGAGCGAUACUCAUGGAAAAAUUUCAGGAAGAAUGACUUUCGAAACCGAAAAACAUACUAAGACUGUAAAAUCCGUUAAAGAAACCAUUCAACAUUUUGAUUCUAAAAUAAAACAUGAAGAAAAAACAAAAUCUUUCCCUAAAGCCAUAAGGACGGACUCUACACUUGUGCAAGUUUCAUCUGAAGAAGACAGCGAGUUUUUGAAAAAAUCAACAGACUCCGAAACUGAAACUGAAUCUCAAACAACUGUUAAAGUUGAAAAGGACAAACUCAGAUUAAAAACUAAUGUUGAAAAGCGUUUGUUUGAUGGCAGAGCUGACGUUGAUAAUGAACGUAAAAUUAAGCCUGAGGAUCAAGAUCAAGAUAAACAAGACCAAAAUAAAAAACCGGAAGAUGACGACAAAAAGGGUGGUGAAGCUGAGAUAAUAACAGAAAUAAAAAGAGAGAAAGAGUUAACACAAGAUUCGCAUGAUAAGGACAGUGAAGAGGAAGUAUCAAAAACUGUAGAACAGAAGGAUAUUUCGUUUGAAGAACAAAAUAAACAAAAGGUAGAAACUCAACAGUCACUAUCAAGCACUAAAUCUGAACCAAGCAAGCAUACUAAGACAGAUUCUCAAGGAUCAGACAUUCAAGACUUAAUUGGGCAUAAGAUUUCUCAAGACUCUCCCUUACAAUCUGCUCUGGAUAAGGCAGAUUCAUUAGCCGAUUUACAACAAAGUACUGAAAAAGAUGUGAGUUUUAUUUCACAGACUGAGUCUAAGGUAUAUUCUAAACAUAGAAGUGAUUCAUUAGACGAAGCAUCUCAAUUCUCGGAAUUAGAAGAUCAAAUCGGAACAAGUCCAGCUCACCGAGCUAUUUCAGAUAAAGAACCAUCAGGCACAAUUUCACAUAAAUUAGAAGAUAAGGUUCUUUUCGUUACUGUUUCUGAUGUUGCUACUACUAAAAGUAAGGAGCACACUAGAGAUUUUUUGAAAUCCGAGAUAGAAUUUUGUACACAACUGCAAACUCAUUCUUUAAAAUCUAAAGAGGCAGAAAAGACUAUACCUAAAGAAUCACCGGUUAUCAGUGCAAAGGCACGACAGUUUAUAGAGACUGUACCGGAAGAUGAUUCUGUGCAAGAAUGUUUCUUCUCGAAACGUAUUUAUUCAGACUCUUUGGAAGAUUCAGAAAAUACCGAUUCUAGACGUCAUUCGGAAGCAGAAUCUUUAAAAUCUGAUCAAUCGGAUAUUAAAGCUAAGGUAUCCUCAUCAGACAUUGAUGAAAGAGCAGAGUACGAAGAAACAGGGGAUUCAGGUAGUGGAUUUGGCGAUGAAAAGUUUGAAGAAAGUGUUGGCUUCACGGCUAUCAAAAUAGAUCCUAAGGCUCUUGAAAGGGAUAGGCUGGAUUCUGUUUCUGACAAAGUUGAAGAAGCUGACGUAAUAUUCAAAAAGAUGGUUCCAAAACGUCAUUCAAGAACAGAGUCUAUUAGUAUAACAAAACUAAGCGAUUUACAAACGGACGUUGAUCAGCUUAAGCCAAAACACGAAUUCCAAAUGAUUGUUACGGAAGCAGAAGAAAUAGACAAGUCUUUUGAAAAAGAUGAAACGUCUGAUAAAAUAUCAUCUGAAAGUAGUAGAGAAGUUGAAAUUUCAGAUAAAAAAUCUUCUGAAGGUAUUUCAGACAGAAUUACUUCUGAAGACGCUGUAACGGAUAAAAAAACAUCAUCAGAAGAAGAGGCUGCUAAGGAAGGAGAAAAGCUAUUAGAACUGGAAUCUGAUAGGGAAUUAAAGGAAUUACCAAAGCAUUCUGAACAAGGUGACGUUAAGUUACUUGCGCAAAAAGAAGAAUGUAGGGGAAAAGUAGAUACUGAAAAACGUCAAUCUGUAACUUCAGUGGGGUCGGGUUCUGUAAGUGAAUUACGUUUAGAGGAAAAACGACCAUCUGAUGCACAUAGUCUCACAGAAUCCAGAGAUUACACUUUCGAAGAGUCUGAGGAUGAUAUAGCUACACAGGGAACUCAUGUCGAUACAGGAAAAGCGAAAACUGUAAAUACGGGUGAAACUGAUAUUAAAAUUAUACCUUUGAUCCAACCCAGUGAGCAAUCGAAACAAGCAAAAUUAAGUCACGGUGACUCGUUAGAUGAUGUAGAAGGAUUUCCUGAAGACCAUACUGAAUAUGUACAUAAGUUACCAUAUAUAUCAGAAACAGGGUUACAAAUGGAUAGAAAUAUUGUUAGAGAUUUCUUAAGUAAGGAACGCGACGAACAAUUACAACCUGAGAGUACACAAGUUUCUUUAAAAACUGUUACUAAAAUAUUUCAACCCGAAAAACAAAAAGUUUUAACAGAAACCAAAACAGAUUCAGUGGAAGAAAACACUCCCAUAUCUCAUACUGUUGAGGUAACAACUGAAACUAGACAUACAACUUCGACAUCUGUAUCAAAUGUAACUGAAAGUAAGUUUGAUGUAAGUAAAAUUAGAACAGACACGCUGGGAAAGUUUGACUUCUUAAGUGAAACAGAAGAUAGUAAACCAGAUAUACAGAUUUUGUCGGAAGAGACAAGUUUAGAUAAAAUAGCUGACAUGACGAAAGAAAAAAUAAAACCAGUUAUAGAUGAUAUAUUACAUAAAGGAUCCAUUAUAGCUUCGGCUAAAAGUCCGGUUCUAGAUAAUGAUAUAAAAACAAUUACUAGGGAAAUAGUUGAGUCAGAGAAACGGUCUUAUGAUGCUAAGGUGCCACAAAAAGAGGAAAGAAGACAUUCUUGUAUUAGUCCAGCUAUUUCACUUGAAAGAAUAGCUGAGUCAGAAGUUGAAACAGAGGAAGAAGCGGUCAAGACAAAAGACGAACCAACUGUUAAGUUUAAAGAAGAUUUUAUCAAAGCUGAAAUAAAAAAGUCAGAUUCCGCAAUGAAACAAAUGGCUGAUAAUAUAGAAAUUAUUAUUAAGCAGGCGUCUGAAGAUGUGGAUCUUUCAUUGGAAGAACUGGACAUUGAAGAGCCUGCCACUGAAAAAUCCGAAUUACAAGACCUUAAUGGCAAAGUUUCUGUAGACUCUAUUAUCGAAGAAGCAGUAACAACCGUUGGAGAAUAUUUAGAAACAAAGAAAGAUACAGUUCAAGAAGGGAAAACGGGUGCGGAAAGUCUUGGAGACGAGACUAAAAAGACUGUUAAAGAUCGGCCAAGUUUGAUGAAAUCUCUCUCAAGAGAUAGUGGUGAAAUAGUUAUUAUGCCAAAAAAGAAGCAUGUGAGAACAUUUUCUGUCCAGAGUUCUCCAGAUGAAGUUGAGGAGCAGAUCUAUACAGAUUCGGAAUCAGAUAUGGACAAAGCAAAAGUAUUAGAAAUAAUAGAACCGACUUCCGACGUAGAUGGCAAAGCUCCUGUUUCAAGUUAUGAUGCGAGAAAGCUAAGAACUGAUUCUCUCGAUGACGCUGAUGAUAUUCCAGAAAAGGAGAUUGAGUAUUUUACAGAUGAAGAUAAAUUUAUCGGGCGUAUAUCAGGAUCGCUUGACCCCAUCAAAGAUGAUAUUAAAAGCGAAAUCUCUAGUACUAGUCCUGGGAGUAGCAGUAUUAUACAAUUAGACACAGAUGGAGAAAAAGCAAUUGGAAAAAUUGUUAAGAAAACACAGUUCGUAGAUAGUAUAUUACGAGCAGAUUUCGUAUCUAAGUCGACAACCGAAUCUUCUAUAACCACUGUUAUUUCAACUUUAACUAAAUCUUCAGAUGAUGAUCGAAAGUCAGUGAUAGAAGAUGGUACAUCAACUGAUUUCUCUAAAAUGAGUGGUGCAGAUUUAGUCAAAGAUCCAUCAAAAACAUCUUUAGAAACUAAAGAUGACUAUAAAGUUGAAGAAAAUUUAGAGGAUCGGGUAUAUACACCGGAUUUGUCUAAAAAAUCCAUCGAUUUAACUAAAGAUUAUUCUAAAUCUUCAAUUGAUAGUAAGGACACAUCGAGAGAUUUUGCUACUAACGAACUAUCUAAGGAUUCUACUGGAGAUUUAACGAAAGAUUUUUCAAAGGCAUCGAUUGAAAGUGUUAAGGAAUCUUCAAAAUCAAUCGAUGAAAAGACGUUUUCAGAAGACCAUUCCUCAUUUGAUGUAUCUAAAACAUUAGCAUCGGAUGCUUCUGAAGGUAUAACUAUUAGCAAAGAGUUCUUAGAAGAAGAGAGAUCAGUGUCUAAGAUUAAUAAAAUUUCCACAAGUUCUUCACAAGGAACCUCUAUAUUGACCGAAAGUAAAAUAGGCAGUGAACAUGAGUCAUUUAGUAAAACAAAAACCUUAGACAAAAUAGAUACUAAUGAUGCUGACAAAAAAAUUAAUGAACAGUUACAACAAAGGCACGAAGAUGAUAGGAAUGAAGUCAAUACACAAGAAAAAGGUGAUCAAAAAGUAUUAGUCACUAAAAUUAUACAAGGUACAACUAAGGUUAAGGAUGAGACAAGCAAGAAUGAUGAGGAUGUAUCUGACAUGAAAGAACUCAAUCGAAGAUGUUCUAGUCUGCUUGAAGAAAUAUCAUCACAGGGCGCUAUAAUCAGAAUUGAUUCUAGCUAUGUGAAGCAUGACCUAUCGUCAAAGUUCUCCAAAACACCACCACCAUCUCCGGUCGAUUUAAUUUUGAAAGACAAAGCUAAAAACGAUGUCGGUCCUGGCGAGAAGCAUACCGGGAUGCAACUAAAAGGUUCCGAAACUUCGUUACUGGACGCAAACAGACAGUCUCCCCGAGCUUCUUCUGCGGGAGAUAGUUUAUUAAGUGAAACAGAAGCACAUCAAAGUGAAUUAUUAACUAAAGCGUCGAGCGUACACAGUACAGCCGCCAGACCCAAAUCUCCGACAAAACAUGAAAACCUUUCGUUUGUAAACAUUGACCCACCAACUCUAACAAGUGGAGCAAUUGAGCUUGUUGACCGUACUAUAGAAAAAAGUAUGGAUGUAAUUAAUCAAAUAAAAGAAGAGCAGCAAGCCGUCAAAAUGGAAGGGAUGCAAAAAAUAAUUCCAUCAGACAAUUUUUUUUCUAAAUCAGUUAUCGAAACGUCAACAUCGUCCUCGUCUGUUCAUAAAACUGUUGAAGGUGCCGAGCUAAAGUUUCAAAGCAUUGACCCUAAAGCUAUUAUGACGGACAUGGUUGCUAAACUUGGAACAACACAGGAAGAUUUUAGUACUAUAUUGUCACAUAAAAAAACUGAAACAAGAAAAAUAUCAGGCCAAGAAUUUUAUUUCGAAACAAAACAUGUUUCGUCCUCUGAUGAUGACUCGCUCGUAAUAAAAACUGAAACCAAGCAUGAAUUACGUGGACAAGAACAUGAGGUGAAAGAAAAAUCUAUAGUAAGGAAAGAUGGCGAUCAAACAGAAUCAUCAGAAAAAAAGUUAGAAAAAGCACAUGAAGCCACUGCUAAAAGAUCAGAUGUGGAAACAAAAAUAGUUUGUAAAAGUACAGAUGAUACUGAUGUUAUAAAAGUAGAAAGAGAAUUUACUGAACAAGGCCUUUACAGUGGGCGGCAAUCAAAAUCAGAAGAGAAAAUGACUGCAAUUAAAGAUGAAACCGUAAAAAAGAAGCAAGAUAUUAAAAUUUCUGAACGAGAAAUGUCUCAUGAACAAUGGGGUAAAGAGUAUUUUACUGAACCCGGUGAAUUACAAGAUAUUCAGGAAAGUGAAAAUAAAUCGAGAAUAGCAUUUGUAGAUUCAUCAUUAAAAAUUGUAGAAAAAGAUGAAAUUGUUUCUACCACAGAAAUAUCCGAAAAAGGCAAAGUAGUCAGUUCAAAGAUGGAACAUCAUAAAGAAGAAUCAAUUAUUGAAAGCAAAGAGCAUGAUGAUCUUAGCUCAGAUGCUUCGCAUGCACCAAGUUUUAAGAGCGACUCGGCUGGAAAAAAAGACUCAUCUGAUAUGAGUCCUAAAAGUAAAUCAAAAUCUUUUAAAAAAGACGACGAAGUGUAUGAAGUAGAUUUUAUAAAAGAAAUCAAAGUGUCUACAUCACCAGUAAAAAGUUCUUUUAGUCGAACAGGAAGCCAAGAUACUCAUUCAGAAUCUGAAAUAGUACCCGAUUUACCUCAUGAUGAUAAAACAAGUGAGACACCGAAAAAGGAAAAAUCAAGUAGAUCGCCUAUAAAGCUACAACAAAAUCAAAUACAAGACCAGGUAUUGGAAGUAUCAAUUCACAAGGCAGAUUCUUUUGUAAUGGGUGAUAUUGAACCACAUUCUACUAAAGUUAAACGUAUUAUAGACGAAUCCAGUUCUACUGUGAUUCAAAGCGCUAAAAGUGAAACAACACUAGAAGUAAAACCUACCGUUGAAAUAGAAAGCGAUAUAUCAAUGGCAUCUGUACAAAUGGAUGUAUUAACAAAUGUUAUUGAAACAGAUAAAGUUGAAUCGGAAAAUUCAAUGGCCACAACCAAAGACUUGAUGAUUAAAUCUAAUGAAAGCGUCGAUACUGAAUACAUGAUUAAAUCUUUAGAGUCUCACGAAGGCGAAAUUUUGCAAAAAUCAAUGGAUUCCACAGUAAGUGUUGAGACACUCCAACCAUCAGAAUUAUCAACUGAAGCAGAUUCUGCUUAUUUAACUGGAACAGACCACAAAAAGGAAGAAAUCAAACUAGUGAAAGAAAAAAGUCUUGAAGAUAUAUGUAGCAGUGGAUAUGACACUGAUUUCUCUUCUGCCGAGUUUCAUGCGAUGAAACUUGAAACGGAAAAGGUUGAUUUUGACUCUUUGAUUUCUGCUCAGCCUCUUGCUGACUUGUCAGUUUUAGAAAAAACUAUUGAUGAAGUCAAGCAGUCUCUUGAAGCAGCGCAAGUAGAAAUUAUAAGUGAAAAAAAUGAUGGUAGUAGCAAAUAUAAGCAAUCUCCAUCUGAGUUCCAAUUUAAAAUCCUGAUUAGUCCAGAUAAACCGGAAGUUAUAACUGAGGAACCACACUAUACGGAUGACAUAUUUAACAAAUGUGUCACCUCUGUUGAUAAAGAGGAAAUAUUAUCAGAUACUCAAAUAUCUUACAGUGGCUCUCAUAAAGUAACUUCUCAGGAAGAGACUACUUCAGAUGAAAAUAAAAGCACUGUACAAAUUAAAGAAUCAAGUCCACCAUUGGAUACUGGUGACUUGUCCCUUAAAUCCGAUAGUGGACCCCAUUCAAUUUUAGAAACUGAAAGUGAAAUAGGACUUUCUGAUCGUGAUGGGUCAUCAAAAGGCAGUCCUGAAGUGAAGUUACGAGUUCACAAACACAUAACAUCUAAAUUGGGCAUUGUAGAAAGACGUUCAGCAUCCGAGCUUGAAGGUUGGUCUAGUUCAGGUGAAAGUCACUAUCACAGUUUCGACCACACUGAAAGUAGACCUUUGUCGUCUGAUGUUGAGGCAAUGCUUACAGCACAAAGUGGAACUGAAUUUGAAACCGCGCUUACAAGCCACGAUAUAUCUUCUCAGUCACUUAGAACUUCCAAGGAUUAUUUUACAGCUGGGAGUUCCCUUGCUUCAAGAGACAGCAUGAAAAGUCUUGACUCAGAUGGAUCAAGUCAUGUAGCCAGCAUUGACAUUUCGGAUGCUUCGGAAACUCUUGUACCUUCAGCUAACGAAUUAAAAGAGGAACUGAUGGAGAGCAGUACCUACGUAGAACAAUUUCUUCAUGAAGUUGAUAAAGAGCAAUCUUGUAAAGCAAAAGAUAUGAGUGAUGAUGAGGUGUCAGGUGAAGAUGAAGAAAAUAAAAUCGACAGUAGCGAACCAGUCGGAAAAAUGAAAAGAUCACAUGAAAUGCGUUUUCAACCAAAAGAAAUGAUUCCGGAACAUUUUCCAUUAGAAGGAACUUCCGAAACUAAUGAACUAGACGAUGAUUCAAUUAAAGAUAAAGAAGGUGCUGAUACUACAAUUUCAUGUCAACUAAAUACUGAUGAGAUUUUAUCAUCGUCUAUUUCCAAAAUAGAUGAAACUUCAACACAAUCACAAACUGAAAUAGAAAAAGUAGUAAUAUUUGAGGAAGAAAAUAUUGCAAAAGAUUUGAUUAGAAAAGAAGAAGCCAUACCAUUUGCUGUUACUAAAAUAGACAAAUCUCAAAGGGAAUUGGUGGAUGUUGACAGUCAAAUAAUUCCUGUGGGAUCUGCAGAAUAUAAAGAGAUUAAUAAGUUUGAUUGUGUUCUCACGCAAAAGGUACAAAGCGGAAUGGAAGAUGCCAUCACUAAGACUGAUAUUAAAACUGAGGAAAAUUUAUCGAAGGCAAAGUUAGAAGAAACAGAAAUUACAGAAGAAUGCAUUAAAAGAAAUAUACAAGAUGUGAGUGCAAUACCGUUUCCAAUAACUGAAAGACCACCAAGUAAAAGGGAAUUCGUUGAUGUUGAAACUGAAAUAAUACCAUUAGGGACGAAACAAUAUGAAGAAAUAUCAAAAUCAAAAAGUGACUCUUCAGUUCCUAAAACUAAAGCAGAAAAAUCUAAUGAAGUAAUAUCUGAAUCUCAAUUAGAAAGCAAACAGAGUUCUACAUCUAGCUUAAAAACUCACGAUCACAUAUCGACUCCUCAUACACCACUAUCUGUACCAAGCCAAAGUUCAUUAUCUACGGAGAAUGGUCGGGAGUAUGUUUUAGAUGAUAUUUAUGAUAUUUCUGAAACACCAGAGUUGAAGUCUGAUUUUGCUACCGAUAGUAGUCGUUCAGAAUUGAUGGUAACAACAGAAGAAAAAACCUUACGAACGUAUGAGAAAGAACAAGAAUCACCGACUAGUGAUGAGUUUGAAAUAGUUGAUAAACCGAGCGAAAUGGAUGAUUUUGUAGUAAUAGAGGAAGUUGCUAAGGAAGCUCAAGAGACAGAUCCUGAAGGUAAGAGUGUGAAAAUAAUGGCUCAGAAAUAUGUAAAAAAACAUGAUGAUGAAGUUGAAGAAUACUUGUCUAAAACUUCAAAGAAACAAGACAGCAGUAGUACUUCAGGUUCCUUAUCUGACGAGGAAUUACUUCAGUAUGAAAUUGAACAAAAAAAAUUACAAGCUCAAGAAUUAGCUGAAAUUGAAGCUGGUAAACGCUGGAUACAAAUGCAGUUUGAAGGAGAUCCUAGGUAUGAUUACGAAAGAAUUCCGUUAGAAGAUAUCAAAGAAGAAGAAAUGACUGAUUUCGAUGCAAGUAGAAUUGGAAGUUUGAGCUCGCAAAAAGAAUCUAUUGGAAGUUAUGGUAGUUUUAGGAAUUCUUAUGGGAGCUUAUCAGAAUCCGAAAUGGCAUCUCGCAUACGAUUUAGAGUACGCGGUGAAAAUGACGAUAUAUCUAUAAGUUCAUUGCAAGAAUUUGAAAAUCUAGAGAGGGCUUUAAUGGAGCAGUACCAGCAAUAUUCUUCAUCGUCUCAAGAUUCAUUAAAUGGAUCUUUACCGAGACGAUAUAUCCUAAGCAGAAGUCAAGGAGAUGAUGUUUCCGUUUCAAGUCUUAAAGAGUUUGAAGGAUUAGAGUCAGCCUGUUUAGAAGCAUUAAAAGCGGAGAUACUUGCAAAACAAAAAGAAGCACUGUUACAAGCUGAUCCUAAAGUAGCAACGGGUAGUUUCUUAGAACAAGAAAAACGUUCUUACAGCAGUAGUUCUGAAAGUAGUCCACCACUUAAAGGAGGCAGUCCGGGGCAAAAAUCUGGUAGUCCGUCUCAAAAAGGAGGAAGUCCAUUACAAAAAGUAGGUAGUUACGGUAGUCCGUCGCAACGUUUGUUAGCUGAUUCAGCAGCGAUAAGGAAACUUAUAGACCAACAAAUUGCAUUGGAACAAAGAAUUCAAGAGCAAAUCACACCUAAAAUUGUUACAGUAAAGAAAUUUGAUGAACGUGGAGCAUUUUUUGUAGCAGAGCCAGAACUAGAAAUUUCAGAAAAUAAAAAAACUGAUUCAGAUGAAGAAUGUAAGAAAUCUGAAGCCUUCGUAUGUGCCGCAGCUCCAAGUGAGGGGUCAGUAGAGUCUAUACCGGGGGAUUGUGAAGAGAUGAUGAAAAUUUUGGAUCAAGAAGAAAAGGCCAAGCGCCAACAACAACAACUUCAAGCAAUUUCUAGAACAUUCUCAGAAAGUGGUGGUGUAAUUGAAGUAGUUAGAACUACUACAGUCAUACAGCAAAAAUUCGUUGAUGGGAAAAAAGUUUCAGAAAAGAUAACGAGUACGGAUAAUGAUGGCGCUGUUGACAUUCCUUCAAGAUCAACACAGUAUGAGGAUUGCUGCAUAUCUUUAGGAUCAGAAAUGUCUUCAUCACUGGCUUCCCAGCCUUCAGAAAUGGACAGCUUGAUGACAGUAAUGGAGAGGCAUUCUGAUGGCGAAAUUGUGACAGUUACAAAACAAACUUUAAUAACAUCUUCGGAAAAGCCGGAAGACUUGGAUUUCUCUCGUGAAUCAAGCGCUAUACGUGAGCUAUCGCCCUCCUCUGGGAGAUCGGUAGCUCACAGCAUCGCGUCUUUCUCCGGAAAACAUUUUACAGAUCCCGCUAGUGGUUCGUGGAGCUGUCAAGAUGAGGAGCUAAGUUCUUCUGGAAGCUUUAGCAGAGGGGCCCGUGCAGAUCUGAUGCUGGGUAGUACCGAUAGCCUUGAAGCGACAAGUUCGAAUGCAACAAGGGCCACUUUCAAUUAUGAAGUGGACACGCCGAUGACUGGAAGUCUUACUUCUGGAGGGUCCAACACGAUGGUCUCAUCCUUGGACACUCUGGACCCAUUAACCGCAGUGCAGAUGGAAAGCUUAGAGUACCAAUCUAGUGAGCAACAUUCGCACGAUUAUGAAGUACAAGAACCUGAUACUGAAACUGAAAAAUUGGUAAUUGAUGAUGGGCGUGCCCCAAAAGCGAAGGAGCGUACAAUAAUGUUCGACAGCACUGAUACCCUUAGUGCUGUUAGUGGUGAUAGUUCAAUGAGAGAGGCUGCUGUUGAGGGUGCGGCGCCGACUUUCUAUAUUGGAGACACGCCUAUAGUCAAAGGAGAGAAAAGGGAGGAUGAUGGUCGACUGCCAACUCUGUCGGAAAGCUGCCCGGCAUCUCUACCACCAACUACACAUCCCUCUCCACCAAUCCCUGUUCAAAGAAGGUCUCUCACGAUGAUUGCUAAGCCUCCUCAAUCAAGCCUCGAAGAAGUUGCAAAGAAAUAA